CAGUGACUUCAUACGAUGACGUCACCAAUACUCUCCCCAUUCCCCCAUCGUUACCCCUUUAUAUACGAUCCUUCUCAGUGCUCAAGUCUCAUCCCCCUCGCUUCUUCUCCUCAGUCAACAACAACAAUGAAAACUUUGCCCUCAAUUUCAACCGCAGCGGUUGAGGAGCUAACAAAGGGCCGAGAAAUCGCGGCGAAGCUGAGCGUGGUGCUUCGAAAGGAGGAGUCGUCGGGGGAUUCGACGUCGGCGGCGGGAGGGCUGAUCGAGGAGAUCAUUUCGUCGUUCUCUCGGGCUCUCGAUGUUUUGGGCUCCGCUGAGUCCGCAGGGGAUGAUGGGAUUCCGGCGAUGGCGAGCGGUGAUGUGGUGGGGAGUGAGAGUUGUGGGAAGAAGAGGAGGAGCGGUGCCGUUGGGAGAGGGGGAUUCAGAAAGAGAAAACAAGCAUCUCAGUGGAGGACUGUCCUGUCUAAGACGUGCACUGAUGAUUACUCAUGGAGAAAAUAUGGGCAGAAAGUGAUCCAUAGCUCUAAAUUUCCAAGGAGCUAUUUCAGGUGCACUCACAAGUAUGAUCAAGGCUGUCAAGCUAUAAAACAAGUUCAAGUAUCAGAAAAUGAUCCAUCUAAUUUUCUCAUGACUUACAUAGGAGAACACUCGUGCAAUAAUCCAAACAUUAUCCCAACUAUCAUCCAACAUAACAACUCAAUUGAACCUUCAAUGAUUAGCUUUGGAUCAAACAUCUCCGAUAUCACUCAAGAAAACCCUCUUCCACCCUCUCCAUUGUUCUCAAAAACACAAGAAAAUGAUGAAGAAGUUGAAGUUAUUAGCAAGAAUCUGACGCCGGCCACCGCAUCGUCGGAAUACUUCGACUUGCCGGAUUUUGGUGACAUUUCAGGCUUGAAUUCUUCAACAGGCAAUUUGGAUAUGAGUUUUAUUGCAGACUCAUUCAAUUUUGAGGAUGAUAUGUUUAGCUUUCAUCAGUUUGGAGAUGUUCAUUUGAGUUAGGGGAAUUAUAUGUACGUAAUUUUGUUCAGUUUUGAUUAGGUUGGUUUUUAAAGAGACCUGAUGUUGAAGGCCCUCAUAGUUGUUAGUGGUAGAGGGCUGUUUGGAGAUUGAUCCGAAAAAUGUUAUUGUACAGGGUUUUUACUUAUAUAUCAAUAUAACUUCCAUAUGUACAUAUUUUCUA